GUUCAUGUCUUCAAUCGAAUGGCGAACUGACCAACAACAGAUUCUAUUAUGACUCAGCAAAUUUUUCUUCAAAGCGUGAAAGCUAGAGUAAAACUGAAACUUCCAGCCUUCAACGUUGGAACUUGAAGGAAUCGAUCGAAAGAUAUAUCCAUGGAUGGGAAGAGAUCUAUAAAAAUGGAUCCAUUAUCACCUGGCCCAUGUCUAGAUAUUAGUGAUGAUGAACUAGUGACUAUAUCAGUCAGAGAUUUAAACAGACAAUUGAAACUGCGUGGAUUAUCACGAGAAGAAAUAGUUCGUAUGAAACAGCGUCGACGAACAUUAAAAAAUAGAGGAUACGCAGCUAGUUGUCGUAUCAAACGGAUUGAACAGAAGGAUGAAUUGGAAUCAGAAAAGACACAAGAAUAUCGUGAUAUGGAAACUAUGCAAGAGGAUAAUAAUCAUAUGAGAGAAGAAAUAGAAUCUUGGCAUUCUAAAUAUCAAGCGCUAAAAAAGUUUGCUAUAGAGAAAAAGAUUCACAUUCCACCUGAACUAGAAACUAUAUAAAAUAUUGAAAUUAUCUAUCGUAAAACAAUAAAAUUGAUAGAUAUUGCUUUCGUUCGUUAUUCUACACUUAUCUUUGAAUUUUUAACAUUUCUCUGAAUCUUUAACAUUUUUCUAAUUAAGAAAAAUUGUGAACUGUACAU